AUGACGAAUCAAGACCAAAGAAAGCCAGUCAUGGCCGUCGUGGGUGCAGGUCCGGGAAUUGGUGAAGCUGUUGCACGUCGCUUUGCAUCCGAGGGAUUUGCAGUCGCUUUGCUUGCUCGAACGGAGGAUAAACUCCGGGAUAUGGCUAAUGGCAUCAAUGCCGAUUAUGGGGAGCGCACAGCUCAAUACUUCGUCACUGAUCUACGCGUUGAGGACACUGUUAUCGCCAGCUUCGGUAAAAUCCGCAAAGAGCUAGGACCUGUUCAAGUCCUGGUGUACAAUGCGGGCGCGAGACGGGUCAAUGGGAGAUCAAUCUUGGACACCACGAGCGAAGAGUUCGAAAAUUUCACGAAGAUAAAUCUCUUCGGCGCUUUCUGGUCAACCAAGCAGGUUUUGCCAGAUAUGUUGGCUGCUUCGAAAGGGACCAUCAUUUUCACUGGGGCGACAGGGUCGAUCCGAGGUAAUCCAGGACUCAGCAGCUUCUCACCUGGAAAAUUUGGUCUGCGGUCACUCGCACAGAUCAUCACGCGUGAAUAUCAGGCUCAGGGUAUUCAUGCGGCCCAUAUCCUUGUUGAUGCGCCCGUUGAUGGCAAGUUGAUUGGAGGUUGGUCGAGGAGGAAGUGGGCCAAAGAAGGAGAGGAUCAAAAACUCGCUGAUAUUGACGCUUUUCUCAUGCAGCCAGCAGACCUAGCCCACAGCUACUGGUUUUUGCACACCCAACCCCGGAGUGCGUGGACACAUGAAAUUGAUGUUCGACCACAAAAGGAGUCAAUGUUCUCAAAACUAUGA